UUUUGUCGCGAAGUUGUUAAUGAGUGGCUGCUUAACACACACGUUUUUUUUGUUUUUAUUUCUAGGGAUUUCCAUUUCCGUUUUCCGAUCUUUUCAUAUUCCCGGACUCUAGUCAUACUGAACCUAAAAAUAAGAAAAACCCCGUAUUCUCGCAUAUCAGAAAUAUUUUAUCAGUUCGGUCGGGUCUCGCCAUAACUCAGUAAUAAUUCAAAUUUAUUUUGCUGUGUUUUUUUCUCGCUGCACAGUUGACGAAUAGGCAAUCAAAGCCGUACAUGAUUGAAUUUUAUUUUAAAUUUUCGUUUAUUUAUUUUUUAUUUUCCUUUUUUUCAGAUUUAAAGUUUAUUUUAUUAGCAACUUUUCCUUUGAAGACACAAAUGUCUGAGAAAAAAUAUGAAGAAGGCGUCGAUCCGAUUACAUUUUUUCGCGAGCAAUGUGCACUUGAAAAGAAAGCAAUUAAUUUGAAGGAAAUACUCGAAACUUGUAAUGAACGUGUCCGAGCCAAUCCUGAUUCUGGGGAAUCUUGCCAUAUGGAAAUGACCGACUAUGUUCACUUUCUCGACCAUUGUGCAAUGCCUAAGGCUUUCAAACAUUUGAAAUGA